CUUUGUGAUUUCGGUUUGGCAAUUCAUCUUGCAAAGGGGCAGAUGUAGAAGAAAGUCUGUGGUUCUUUGCACUAUAUGGCUCCAGAGAGUUGGCAAGGAAACCUUAUGAUGGGCUGGCUGUUGACAUGUGGAGCUUGGGAGUCAUCCUAUAUGUAAUGGUCACAGGAAAAUAUCCAUAUGCUAAAGACACAUUUGAUGGUAUGCACAGGCUCAUCACCAACACAAAGUAACCCAUCUUUGACUGCUUGUAAAACCCUGUCACAUCAUCAUUGCACAAUUACUCAUGGUUCAAACAAACGGGAGAAUUACCAUAUGUCAACUUGUGAAAAGACCAUGGCUGGGCCCCAUAAAAAAAAACAUACAACACCUACAAAUAAAGAAAUCCUUCCAAGGCUUGUAGAGGCUAUGUACACCAUGUGUUAUAAAUUGGAAGAUAUUUUUUCAUCACUAAGAUACAGGCAACCAAAUAACGUAACAGCAACUUUUAAUAUUCUGAAACACAAAUUGAGGUGUGUGAACAGUUUCCAGCAAAAUGAGCAUCCGUGUUUAAAGGGCAGCCACAUAGGUGCUCAUCACCCUCUUUUGUCAUUGAAGAGGAGAGCGAGUGAACCAGCCCUUCCAACAAUUAAAGAAGCUGGGAAAAGACAAUCUAAGGAAGAGUGUGUAGAAGGAAGACGAAAGAGAUGCCAAAGUCUUCUCAAGCUCAACAUAUACUCCUGCCUGCAGCUGAAACCCUGUUCAGACUUCACAGUCCCAAAAGAAAGUGUUCUGAUGGAAAAUGUUAUCAAGUGUGCUACUGGGGACAUUGGAGACAACAUGAAUUCUGUGGACAGCUCGCCUGGUGAUCCCUCCUUAUCUGAAUCAACCUUGAAUGGAAGAUCCAAGUUGUUUCUGAUCAUGGACUUUUCGAUGGAGGAACCAUCCCUGGAACCCAAUAUUCCCGUUGAUCUGCCUCAGAUUGGAUCCACAACCUCUGCAUCCGGGCCAUUCAAGUGCUGGAAACAGAUGAGGAAGCGAAUUUCCCAUGUACUGGUGAACUGUUGAUCUGUGACAUGCCCAUUCCAGAGUGAACUCUGAAUCCUUGUGUAAGCUUCAAAGAAAGAGAUGAUGUGAUAUUUUAGUCUGUAAGGGGCCCAAUUGCUUUGGCCACCACGAUGUUCCCUUCCAUUGUAUUUUAACUCUGUUAUAUUAAUAAAUAUAUUUUUCUAAAUGACAAAAGUACAGUCUCAUAGGGCACCUGGUAUGCAUAUCCCCCCUGAAGUCAAAACCACACACAAACAAACAGAGAAAUGCAUGAACACAUUCAACUAGUUGUCAGGGCCUGCAAGGUACAU